CUGCUCUACAGCUGUAUGACCUACAUCAUUAUUCUGUCCUGGGCUUUGCUCUAUCUGGUGUUCUCCUUCAGCUCACAGCUUCCCUGGGCCAGCUGCAACAAUUACUGGAACACAGAUGACUGCGUAGACUUUUCAACACAAAACAAAACCUUUGAAUGGACAGACCAGACGAACUCAUCUUCUGCUGCCACAGAGUUCUGGGAACGACGAGUGCUGGGUAUCUCAGGGGGGAUUGAGGAAAUAGGCAGCAUCAGGUGGGAGUUGCUGUUGUGCCUCAUUACAAUGUGGAUCAUCUGCUACUUUUGUAUCUGGAAAGGGGUCAGGUCUACAGGAAAGGUGGUGUAUUUUACUGCUACCUUCCCCUAUGUGAUGUUGGUAAUUCUUUUGAUCCGUGGACUCUCUCUCCCUGGGGCUCUACAAGGAGUACUGUAUUAUGUUCUGCCUGAACUCUCACGACUCACAGACCCACAGGUUUGGAUGGAGGCUGGGGCUCAGAUCUUCUUCUCAUACAGUGUGGGUGUGGGCUCUUUAACUGUGCUAGGCAGCUAUAACACCUACAACAACAACUGCUAUAAAGACUGUCUGUGGCUGUGUUUGCUGAACAGUUGUACCAGUGUGGUGGCUGGUUUUGCAGUCUUCUCUGUACUGGGAUUCAUGGCUCAUGAGCAAGGUGUCCCCAUUGCAGAAGUGGCAGAGUCAGGUCCAGGCUUGGCAUUCAUUGCAUACCCACAGGCUGUAGCCAUGAUGCCUCUUCCCCAACUGUGGUCCAUCUGUUUCUUUGUCAUGCUCAUUCUCUUGGGUCUGGACACACAAUUUGUUGCUAUGGAGGUGGUGAUGACAUCCAUCAUAGAUUUGUUUUCCACAGUAAUGCGCAGGGCAGGCCGGCGGGAAGGCCUUCUCCUCCUCUUCUGCCUCACAUGCUUCUUCUCUCAGCUGGUCAUGAUCACUGAGGGAGGAAUGUAUGUGUUCCAGAUGUUUGACUACUACGCCUGUAAUGGAGCCUGCAUCCUCUUUCUCUGUGUGUUUGAAACCCUGGCACUGGGAUGGGUAUUUGGGGCAGAGCGGAUAUUUGGCAUUAUCAAGGACAUGACAGGUGUGCACGCCAACCCGUUCUUUAAAAUCUGCUGGCUUUACCUCACACCACUGGUCUCGCUGGGCUCUUUUAUAUGUUCUUUAGUUGAGUACCAGCCUCUGACCUUUAACCGCUGGUAUGUGUACCCAACCUGGGCAUACGUGUUGGGCUGGCUACUGGCCCUCUCCUCUAUUCUGCUAGUGCCAGGAUGGGCGCUGUAUAAACUGGGAACUGGGCCUGGGAACCUCACUCAGCGUUUCCAUCAUCUGUGCCGACCUGACCCUGACUGCUCACCGACCCAAAAGAGAGAAACUGAGCUGCAACACAUUGAAGGGGGAAAUCUGCAACAUCUGUUGAUAUGA